CCCGCGUACGCUGCGCCGAUCCGCCGCGCAAAACAACAAUAUGCUCGAGAUUCACAUGUACCCCAAAUUUAAAAAAAGUUGCCAGUAUACGAGUUGACUGGCGAACUGAGUGAGCGUUUAUAUAACAAAUAAAAACAGCUUGACGUUAUAUAUAGAAAUAUUAAAUUUCUAUAGCUUAGUGAAAAUUCGUUUUUGACCUGACCAAACAUUCUAAGUGACUGACUAUGCUAUAGAUACUUAUUCUCAAAGUGGUUACCAAAAAUGGCGGCUUCGACAAUGCUGAAAGGGAUGGGCGAUAUGGACACGGGGGGUGAGCGUGAGAGGGCGCCCCGGGCUGAAAUGCCCUCCUCUGUGGAUAUCCAGUUCACAAAUCUCUCACUUACAGUCACUGAAGGGUUCCGGAAGAAAAGAACAAAGGCUAUCUUGAAGAACAUCUCCGGGCUGUUCCGCUCCGGGCAGCUGACGGCUAUCAUGGGGCCCUCCGGCGCGGGCAAGUCGUCUCUGAUGAACGCGCUCACUGGCUUCUCCACGACAGGCGUGACGGGCAUGAUCAGGGCAGGCAACAGUGUCUGCCAGCUGGGUAUCCAUCAGCGGUCACUGCGCGCACUAAAACACUACCGGAGCAAAUCAGCGUACAUCCUUCAGGAUGACCGCAUCAGCCCGCUGUUCACAGUCGUGGAGCUGAUGAAAUUUGCAGCCGACAUGAAACUGGGCAACAUGACCGACAAACUGAAGCUGACCGUGAUAAGCGAAGUGCUGGAAGACCUGGGUUUGUCUGGAACGGAGAAGACGCGCUGCGGUAACUUGUCAGGCGGGCAGCGGAAGCGGCUGUCCAUAGCACUUGAACUUCUGGAUAACCCUCCAGUACUGUUUCUGGAUGAGCCCACCACCGGACUGGACAGCGCGACGUCAGCACAGUGUAUAGAAAUGCUAAAGAAUUUGGCGCGUUCAGGCCGUACCGUCGUAUGCACCAUCCACCAGCCAACCGCCUCUGUUUACUCGCUGUUUGAUCAGGUAUAUAUCUUGGCAGCCGGUAUGUGCGUGUACCACGGCGCGAGCGAAAACACAGUGCCGUACCUCGCCAGCGUUGGCUUCCAGUGCCCGAAAUACCACAACCCCGCCGACUAUAUGCUAGAAAUAGCGAACGGCGAAUACGGUAGCUUCAACGAGCUAUUAGCAGUGGAAUGCAACAAGAUGGACUGGCAAUGCGCGCCGACGCCGACGCCGUGCAAAGCCGAUCAGAUGCGCAAGACCACCAUCUCUGCUGCGGUCAAACCCCCGCCCGAGUGGUACAGAUUGGGCGUACUGUUUCGGCGGUGUUUCAUACAACAAUAUAGGGACUGGACGGUCACCCACCUAAAAGUGCUGUUACACAUCGUGGUAGGCGUGUUGCUGGGAUUAAUCUUCGACGGGUCAGGAAACAACGGCGCCAAGACCUUCUCAAAUCUUGGCUACCUGAUGAUAUCCAUCAUGUACCUGAUGUACACGUCGCUCAUGCCUGGGGUAUUGAAGUUUCCCGCCGAGAUGUCCAUCAUAAAGAAGGAAACAUUCAACAACUGGUACCAGCUGAAGACUUAUUAUGUGGCGCUGCUGUUCACUGGCGUCCCAAUUCAGAUCUGGUACUCGUUCGUGUACUCAGCGCCAUCAUACUUCUUAACGGAGCAACCUCAGGAUCUAUCGCGGUUCGCGAUGUUCGUGUUGGUGUUGUCUCUGAUCACUCUACUAGCUGAUGCGCUUGGCAAUCUGAUUGGGACCUUUCUCAAUCCGAUAAACGGCACAUUCUGCGGCGCCAUCUACUCCUGUAUGAUGCUGGUGCUGGGCGGCUACCUGGUGCUGCUGUCGCACAUGUCCUGGUUCAUGCGGCUCCUGUCCCACGCGUCGUUCGUACGCUACGCCUUCGAGGGCAUCAUCCUGAGUAUCUACUCGUUUAACCGGCCGGCGCUACCCUGCCCUGAAUAUCAAGAUUACUGCCAUAUGAAACACCCAAAGGAAGUGAUCAAGCAGUUCAGCUACAAGCCAGACAACUACUGGGUGGACGUCGUCUUGCUGUUCCUGACUAUUGUGUUCUUUAGAGUGUUGGCUUAUCUCACUCUACGUCGGAGUGUGAAACGAUCUGGUUAAUAGUUAAUACUAGUUAUAGCAAAAUUCUUAAGAGCCGGUGCGAUAUUCGUACUGAACUGACAUUAUUAUAGAAAAUCCUUGAUUCCUUAAUAUAGCCAUGGUUAAAAUGGUUUACAGAUUCUUGACAAAGUCGGAUUAUCUCGUUCGAAUUAUAUGACAAAGGUUUAACUAAAACUGCAAAGUGAAAUAUAGGUAGGGGAGAGUGGGUAACAGUGGAUCUUUUGCAAUAACUACUAAUAUUACUUGUAUCAAAAAUUAUUUGCACAUAUAUCAUAAAACUUAAUAUAUUUUAAUGGAUAAAUGCUCAAACAAUGCAGCAGCUCUUAUCGUUUUGUUUAAUCGGACGGUGAUCCAUUGUUACCCACACAUGGCUAACAGUGAAUCUUUCUCCACUUUUAUUUCAAUUUCAUCUUAUUCUAUUUCUAGCUUUCCUUACAGCUUUUUUCUUAAUAACCUUUUAGAGUUUGAUUAAUACUCUAGGCUUAGACAAGAAAAUUAUACAAUUUGAAGCUAAAAUGGCGCAACUACAGCUUUUACAAAAAAACGUGAUUCACUGUAACCCACUCUCCUUAGGAAUGGCAAUGUACAAAAUGCCAAUAACACCGAUCCUAAUUAAGUAGAGAAUUCAGGUUUCAAAAUGUAACUAAGUUUAAUAAGUACUUAAAUAUAAUGCAAUUAGCCUCUGCCCGCAACUCUGCCCGAGUUUAAGUCGUUAAAAACGUUCCUGUUAGUCAACUAUUGGAUUAAAUAUAAACACGAAUUGGUGCAGGCAUUUAACACAAAUGUAUAGGUAAGUAGGCAACUGACACAAACAUUAUAUUUGUAUAAAAAUAUUAUAUUUAUUCAUAAACAAUAAUACAAUAAAAAGUUACAAUAAAACGCCUUAAAAUAAAAAUUAGAAACUAAAUUAAAAACUAAAAUUAAAAACUAAAUUUAAAAAUAAACUAUAAUAAAUAUUUAUAUCAUUUAUUUUAUGAUGACUUAUCAAUAUAAAAUUGAAAUACAUAUCAUAGGUAUAGAGUAUAAGUGUCGAUUUUGAAAUAAGGGCUUAAUUCGUUCCCAUUCAAUUAAUUCCAUUCAAUUACCUUAAUAGUUAUUUGUGCAACAAGAGAGGAAAGUUGGUUUUUCUUGCGAGUGUUUAUUUCGAGUCCCGAGAAAGCGAAAGAUUCUAAGUUAGAAUCUUGAGCGUAGCGAAGGACUCAAAAACACGAGAUGUAAAAUAACUUUGCUCUCGUGUUGCACACAUAAUUUUUCACCUCAGUAGUGAGAACAUAUUAAAGGUUAAAAUGUAUUUCGAAUUACACAGAAUAAUUCAGAAACAAAAAAAAAAACAAAAACAAAAAAAUAAUUGUAAUCAAAGUAUGAAGUGGCAGUUCAUGUCCUUCACAAAAUUAAAAAGCUACUUUGUUUCACUCCCUGGAGUGACGCAGGGAGUGACGAAAGUAGGCUUGUUCGAGCUGCUGAGGUGAAAAUCAUAUAUAUUAAAUAGAUGACGUAAAGAAAACACGCUUAAUACGAGGAUUUUAUAACAACGCUUUAAAAAAAUUAUUAAGUAGGUAUACUUAUGACACUAAAAGAAUGUAAAUGAUCAUAUAGGUAUGCUAUAAUCGUUACAUAUUUGCUGUGACUUAUUUUUCAAGUGUUUUUCAAUAAAAAGGCACGUCGAGAUUGUUUACCCUUUUUCUAAUGCUAAAAAACCGAAGUACAUAUAAGUUGUUGAAUUAGGGAACAAAUCAAAUUAUCACUAGACUUAUAUUGACCGGGAUAUAGACCGUGAUUACCUUUUGUAUUAUUUGUGAGCUCCCGAUAUUUCGACGCAGUUACAUGCAUCAUGCAUCAUGCAUCAUGUUCAUGUCAAUAUAAGUCUAGUGAAACUAACCGUGAAUCAUUCAAAACUCUAAAUCAAAUUAUUUUAUGAAAUAUUUUGAUAUGUGCUUUUUAAGUAGUCACACUACUAUAUUUAAAUUAUAAACUGAAAUAGAUAUCAUACCCUAAAUAAAAAAACCACGCCGGUGCACCGGUGGACUUGGUCACUCUUUCUUUGGUGUAUGUUAUCUAUUUAGGGUUGGGUUUUAAUAAGGUGUUGAUUUAGCACGUUUCAGAAAUAAUACAAAAUCGAUGAUUUCUCUGAAACCAUUCAUUUUCACUCAAAAUACAUGGGGCAAAAUCGGUACCUCUUAAGCUUAUCAUAAUUGGACGCCAUUUAGGGAAAAGGAUCCAUCCUCUAAAAUUUGCAUUUAAAUCAAUGACUUUUCGUUUUGACAGAAAGUUCAAAUUCUGUUGACAAUUUUUUGUGGAUUGCAUCCUUUUCCCUAAUUGGUCUCUUUGUCUAUAGACCUACCUACAGACCACAAGACCAAUGCUGCCGUGCAGACCCUAACCACAGUAACUGACAAUUUUCCGAUUCAAAGUUGUACUCCAACUUGCAUUUUAGAUUUUGGAAUUUUUAUAAAUUCGACUCAGAAUCACGAGCUCUUUCGAUCCUAAUACGAGAAAAAAAGUGUCCCCAAAAUUUCAUACAUUUUUCUUUGUCCGUUUUGUUACGGUCAUAGAAGGUUGUAUUUUGUAUUGUAUUGAAAAUAUAACUAAAUGGACCAAAAAAUUGAGGAUAUUUUUUUUCUCGGUAAAAAUGAAAAAAGCUCGUGAUUCGAAAUGGAAAUAGUAUGAAAAUUUCCAAUUCUAAUACAUAAGGUUGGGGUACAAUUUUUAAAAGAAAUGCCCAUGGUACUGAAAGUGACGCCGUACCGUCGGCAACAGAAGCCAAGUUUAAAAUUGCACGCGCUCUUAAUUGUAUUAAUAAUAUAGUCGUCUUAAGCUCAAUAUGAGCAUUCCGCUGACUGUACCAUAAAUAAAUAAAUAUUAUAGGGACAUUCUUACACAAAUUGAAGUCCCACGGUAGGCUCAAGAAGGCUUGUGUUGUGGGUACUCAAACAACGAUAUAUAUAAUACUUAAAUACAUAGAAAACAUCCAUGACUCAAGAACAAAUAUCUGUGCUCGUCACACAAAUAAAUGCCCUUACCGGGAUUCGAACCCAGGACCAUCGGCUUCACAGGCAGGGUCAGUAUACCCACUAGGCCAGACCGGUCGUCCAAUGAAGCAAGUUUUGUUAAUUUGUGUCGUGCGUGCGUAAUUCCACGUAGGGUGAGCAUUCCAUCGUUACGUAAAGGACAUUCGGACCGAUUUUUUCGACUUUCUGAGCCUGGUUAUUAUUUGGCUUGCCUUUUUAUAGUGUAAUAUUGGUAUCAUCUUAAAUCUGCUGUUUAAUUAAACUGUUUAAUUUAUUUUUACUAUAAUACGCAAGUCGACAAAGUAAUUCGAUAUCAAAGCAAAUAAUUCGUAAGCGACUCGCAUACAUAAUACACCAAUACUUUGUCCUACACGUAAACAUUGCAUAAAUAAAGAAUAUUGUUAAACGUGUCGACGCAAUCUCCUGAUGACGCUCCUCGGUACGGAGUGAAACAGUCGAGCGUUUUCGACUUAAAAUAUGUGAGUGACCCGUUAUUAAUAUGUUUAAUAUAUCUGUGUCUCACGGAAGUUUUGUUAUUAAAAUAGAUGAAAAACUUACCGUUUUCAUGAAAUGCCCCAUUCCGGGUAGCAUUUAUACGUCAUUAUGACGUCAGCGGCGUCAUUAUUACGUCGCUGACGUCACUUUGCUACCUGGGGCCCAUUUCACGAACGGUAUUAGUCUAAUAUUAUUAGUGUGCUGCCAUUGUAACACAAGAUUUGACAGUUCGUGGAAUAAUAUUAUUAGUCUACCGUUCGAGAAAUAGGCCCCUGUAGGUUGUUUUGGGUGGUGAGGCACUUAUAAGGUUAUAUAAAUACAGGUAAUUAUUAGUCGUAAGAUAGUUAAGUUUGAUGGGACUGUGAUCAUAAUAUAUUUAAGACAGUAAAAUGAUUUCUUUUUAAACAUAUUAAAGAAAUAUCAAAUGUUUAUUAGGUAAUAUUUUAGGCCCCGGCUUGUUAAGUAAAUAUGUAAUAAGUUGUGAUAUAAAUAUCUGAUUGGUAAUCGUGUUAACCGGUCAUAAAUAUGUGUAUAUUUACUCAAAAACCUAAUGUAAUCCAUACUAAUAUUAUAAAUGCGAGUCUGUCUGUCUGUCUGUCUGUCUGUCUGUCUGUCUGUGUGUUCCCUCUUCACGCUUAAACCGCUGAAUCGAUUUAGAUGAAAUUUGGCAUACGGAUAGGUUGAGUACCUGAGAAGGACAUAGGAUAGUUUUUAUCAUCCCUUAAGACGGUAAAAAGCGGGGUGGAAUUGAAAUAAUUAAUGAAGUGUCUGCUAAUUUGUGUGCAUAAUAUGCUCAAAUUGAAUAAUUGCUAUAAGAUUUUCUCCAGGCGCUAUUUUUACUCUAGCUGGGGUUACUAAGUCCACGCAGACGAAGUCGCGGGCAAAAGCUAGUUUAAAAUAAGGAGAAAAUAUAGGUAUAUACAUAGGUAUGGCCGUUAAUAUACCUGCCACCCUAAAAAUUAUAUUUUUGUACUUAUACUUUGUACUUACAUAAUUAUUACAGUCAGCACCAAACAGAUAGUACCCAGAUAGUGACAUCAAAAAUGUAUUUUAAUAACGUAGUUUUGUAAAUAAAUAAAUUGAUUCCAUUA